AGCAACUGCCAACUGAUGCCGACUACGACUAUGACUGUUUCAUAGAAGUUGGCCGUGACGUCAUCAAGGGUCGAACCACCAAAGAAGCGCAGAACAUUAUCUUGUCAGUGGUUGGUGGCCUCUUUCCUCCAGGAGCUACUGCCAGAUUCAG